UUCUUGUCUAGGUGGCUAUGCUGCAGAAUCAUGGCAGGGAGAUGAUGAUUGUCACCAGUGGAGCCGUGGCCUUUGGAAAGCAACGAUUGAGACAUGAGAUCCUGCUGUCCCAAAGUGUUCGACAGGCGCUGCAAUCUGGACACAAUCAGCCCAAAGAUAUGUCUCUGCCGGCGCUGGAGGCCCGAGCCUGUGCCGCAGCCGGACAGAGCGGUCUAAUGGCCCUCUACGAGGCCAUGUUCUCUCAGUACAGCACAUGCACAGCACAGGUUCUGGUGACAAAUCUGGAUUUCCACGAUGACGAAAAGCGGCAGAACCUCCACAGCACGCUCCAGGAGCUACUGCGCAUGAACAUAGUGCCCAUCAUCAAUACCAAUGAUGCUGUGGUGCCCCCGCCAGAACCCAAUAGCGACCUGCACGGGGUGAUAAGCAUUAAGGACAACGAUAGCCUGGCUGCACGUCUGGCUGUGGAGAUGAAGGCUGACCUGCUCAUCGCGCUCUCUGAUGUGGAAGGCUUGUACAACAGCCCACCUGGAACUGAUGAUGCCAAACUCAUAGACAUCUUCUACCCUGGAGACCAGCACUCCAUCACUUUUGGCACAAAGUCCAGAGUUGGGCUUGGAGGCAUGGAGGCCAAGGUCAAGGCUGCUCUCUGGGCCUUACAGGGUGGCACCUCAGUGGUCAUAGCCAACGGUACUAACCCAAAAGUAACAGGUCACGUCAUCACCGACAUCGUGGAGGGCAAGAAAGUGGGAACCUUCUUCUCUGAAACUAAACCUGCUGGGCCUUCAGUAGAGGAGCAGACAGAAAUGGCGCGAAGCUCUGGGAGAAUACUGGCAUCUCUGCAGGCAGAGAAGAGAAGUGAGAUCAUCUGUCGUCUAGCAGACCUGUUGACUGAAAAGACAGAGGAAAUACUGGCAGCUAACAAACUGGAUUUGGAGGUUGCAAGCAGUUCAGGUCGUUUGCCUUCUGCCAUGCUAAAGCGACUGAGUCUGUCAGUGGCCAAAAUCAACAGUUUAUCCAUAGGCCUUCGCCAAAUAGCCACGUCAGCCCAGAACAGUGCGGGUCGUGUGCUGCGCCGGACAAGGGUGGCUCAUAACCUGGAGCUGGAGCAGAUCACUGUACCUAUCGGAGUUGUUCUGGUCAUUUUUGAAGCCCGGCCUGACUGCUUACCACAGGUGUCAGCCCUGGCAAUAGCCAGUGGCAAUGCUCUACUACUGAAAGGUGGCAAAGAGGCAGCUAACACCAACCAUGUGUUGCUCCAGCUCACUCAGGAAGCUCUCUCUAUGCAUGGACUAAGAGAGGCUGUGCAGAUGGUGAGCACUCGUGAGGAGGUGGAGGGGCUGUGCCGGCUGGACAAAAUGAUUGACCUGAUUAUCCCCAGAGGGUCGUUCCAGCUGGUGCAGGACAUCAAGAAGGCGGCCAAGGGCAUCCCGGUGCUCGGUCACAGCGAGGGUGUCUGCCACGUCUACGUUGAUGCUGAUGCCAGUGCCGAUAAAGUUAUAGGAAUCGUGAGAGACUCGAAGUGUGAAUAUCCAGCUGCGUGCAACGCAAUGGAAACUCUGCUGAUCCACAGAGACAUCCUCAGGACCCCACUGUUUGACCAGAUCAUCGAUAUGCUUCGUACUGAACGGGUGAGGAUUCAUGCAGGCCCACGAUUCGCUUCAUACCUGACGUUCAGUCCAUCAGAGGCCAAAUCUCUGCGGACCGAAUACAACGACCUGGAGUGCUGCGUGGAGGUGGUUGACAGCAUGCAGGAGGCUGUAGAACAUAUUCACAAAUAUGGCAGCUCCCACACAGACGUUAUCAUCACAGAAAACGCAAAGACGGCUGAGCAGUUCUUGCAGCAGCUGGACAGUGCCUGCGUUUUCUGGAAUGCCAGUUCACGUUUUGCCGAUGGCUACCGGUUUGGUCUUGGGGCAGAGGUGGGCAUUAGCACAGCUCGCAUCCACGCCAGGGGUCCUGUGGGCAUUGAGGGGCUCCUCACAACAAAGUGGGUUCUUAGAGGGGAUGGCCACACGGUCGCUGACUUCUCUGAACAAGGCACCCAAACAUACCUCCAUGAAAACCUACCUUUGGAACAGAAAGAGAUCUUGCAGAGGGACAGCAGCUAAACAAGAUGCUUUGAUGACAUCCCCUUCAUGCCUGAAUGCAUUUCCAAUUAACUAAAAAAGAAUAUUUUUCUUUUUUUUCCCUUCAAGGUGAUGCUAUUUUUCUGCUGCAGUCCUGGAUAAACCACUUGACACCUGUAUUUAUUUACAGCCAUGAAAAAAAAUCCCUUGUGUUUUUGCUUAGUGGCCUUGUGUACAGUGUCCACCCUGAGACCGGAAGGUUAUUAGUUAAUACCUACUGUCGAGUCAUACCAAAAGACUUUAAGAAUGGAACCCAAUGCCUCCGUGCUUGAGACUCAGCAUUAAGAGGUCAGAUUGCAAUUCAAUGCUCCCCCAGGUGAUGGGUCAAAUUUCACACAUCCAAGUGGAUGACAACUAAAGGGACUUUGACUUUAUCUUUCAAGUAGAUGUUAAAUUAAGGCAAUUCUGGAGCUGACAGGGUUGAUGAAUAUUUGCAACUGUGGGCAUCAAUGGGUUAAAUUGUUUUUUAGUGACAUUCGGCAUAAAGGGGAUAUCAACUUUCCGUUACUGUUUGUAGAAAACAUUUCAGAGCAAAUGUUUUCUCGUGGAAGAGUUCCUAGAGUUUUAGCACUUCUUUUUUUUAUCCGUUAGUCAAGGAUUAAAGGUUUACAGAUGGUUUGAAUUGUACUUGAUCCCAUUUGUAUUGUAAAUGAGUAUUUAUCUCGUGUGGGAGGAGUUUAAAAGAUGCAGAAGUUAAAUGCAUUUAAAGUGAAUAAAAUAAAUUGCUGAAAAAGCAAAUGUGAAGUACUAGAAAUGUGCAACAUAUUUUAAAAACUGACUUAUUGACGUGGUACAUCGCGUUGUUCUUUGUUUUUUUAUUUAUUUAUCGUUCAUUAUGCAGAAAAGAGUGCAAAAUCAAAAUGUUUUUACGUUUUCAUUUAAUUUUAGAAGCAAAUUUUAACUCCUGUGCACAUAUUUCCUACUUAAAGAGUUGAAUUAGGAUAAAGAAAUCUGAGUUAGUACCACUCCCACACACCUACUGUUUUUUGUGCUGAAACCGUAAUUCGGUUGAUUAUUGUUGCGCGUUGCGCGUUGCGCUCAUUUGACAGUGCUUUGUUACUUUUCUGCUUGUUCCUUGUGGCGCACAAAGCCUCUGUCAGAACAGGAAUAGUAAUUGACAAGUUUCCUCCUUUAAGCUUGAGGAGGGAAUGAGACUUCUUUUAAAUGAAGCUCUGCAACAUUCCAGCCUCUGAGCUGCUUUGUGAAGACUCCCAGUGUGCACCUUAGCGCUGGUUUAGGUUCAUUAAAAGGUGUAUUGGUUUGAAAUUAAACCAAGUUUAAAAAGAA